AUGUUGAAAGUUGGCAUAUCUCUCUUGAUAUUGCAAAAUAUACAUUCUGAAGCUAGACUUUAUAAUGAGACAAAUAUAAAUGUGACCCAGCUCAUACAGUAUGUCAUAGGUGUCAAAAGAUUUGACAAAGGUCAUGAUAGUCUACAGCAUCUGAUACCAGAAUUAAACAUGACAACAAAUGAAAGAGAAUUUUCAUUUUGUCUUUCUUCCCACAGAUUUCCUAUUUGUUCAGCCUUUGCUAUGACUAUUAAAAAGCUCAAAGACAAACUCUUAAUCAUAUUGAAAUACAUUUUGAUACAUCUGUACUACCUCAGGAACAGUUAUACAGUGCUAGGAACUGCAGCUAUAUCAAAGCAAAAGAGAUCUUUCAAGAUAUUCACUGAAAGAGAUCUGCAUGUUUUGCAUUGCAAAAUAGUGAAAGACAGGUCAGCCAAUCUGAACACCUUAAUUCAGACCAUGUCAAUCAUCUUGCAUCAGACUGUUUGCAAGGAUAUCUUGUAUUAA